GAUCUCUCGACUUGCGCACUUCGUCUGUCCAUCCCCGCACUUCACUGUGCUCCCAGCCAUUCACCCCACUUCACCCUAUUUACCUCAUUUUUAGUUUCCCUCCUCUCUCCUUUGCUUUCCCCUCUCCAUACCCCCCGGCGCACGCCGACAGUUUUCUUUCGCUCCCCCUCGCUUGUCACGGCUGCCUUUCGCACCGUCGACGCACCCCACCCCCCAACGACGUCCUUCACCCACCUCGCGGCAGUGCUUCUCGCGUCGCUCACCCUCGCCGUCCUCCUCGCUGCUGUCCCGCGCUUCGCCUCCGUGACAACAUCGUCCGCGAACGGUUCGCUGCUCGCCACCCCCUCCUCUCCCCGCACGCCGACGUCACUCCCCCCGCGUGCAGACAUGGCCGCUCCCGCCUCGACGACUGCGCCGGCGACGAAGGUGAUCCGCGAGGUGUUCGCGCUUGGCCGCUCGCCCUUCAAGACCUUCGACCCCUUUCUGUUCUGCAUGUACCACAACGACACCUACCCUGCGAGCACGAAGGACACGCUGGGGCCGGACCCGAAGCUGCUCAGGUCACGUGACAUCGGGUCGGACUUCAGCUACGAGGGCGGGUGGAGCAUGUACCACGGCACAACGGUGCCUGGCUUCCCUGCGCACCCGCACCGCGGCUUCGAGACGAUCACGGUGACGCGGACCGGGCUGGUGGACCACUCGGACAGCGUGAAGUGCACGGCGCGCUACGGCGAGGGCGACACGCAGUGGCUGACCGCUGGUGGCGGCAUCCAGCACGCGGAGAUGUUCCCGCUGCUGCACCCGGACCGGCCGAACACGCUGCAGCUGUUCCAGGUGUGGCUGAACCUGCCGCGCAAGAGCAAGAUGUGCACGCCGUACUUCUCGAUGUUCUGGAAGGAGGAGACGCCGAUGGCGGAGCUGCCGACGCUGCCGCUGCGCGCGGGCGCCGCGACGCCUGCGGAGAAGGCCAUGUCGAAAGUGAUCGCGGGCGAGCUGGAGGGCGUGACGCCGCUGCCGCCGCCGCCGGACAGCUGGGCUGCCGCACCCGACUCGGACGUCGCUGUGUGGACGGUGGACAUCCCCGCCAACGCCGCGGUGACGCUGCCUGCUGCGCGUGGCGGUGCGUCGUCGACGCGCGCGGUGUACUUUGUGAAGGGCGGCCAGCUGGAGAUCGGCGGUGGCGAGGCUGUGGUGGCCCCGAUGAACGGUGCGCGCGUGGCGGCGGAGGUGCCGCUUGUGCUGGGGGCUGUGGACGAGCCCGCGGAGGUGCUGGUGCUGCAGGGGCGUCCGAUUGGUGAGCCGGUGGUGAAGCACGGCCCUUUCGUGAUGAACACGCGCGAGGAGAUCAUGCAGUGCUUCGCGGACUACCGCCGCACGGAGUUUGGCGGGUGGCCGUGGGAGAGCGGCGACCACGCGCACCCCCGCGACAUGCCGCGCCACGCGGUGCACAUGGGCGGCCGCAAGGAGUUCCCGCCCAACAAGGCGGAGGAGUCGGCGAAGCAGCAGCCGCCGCCGCAGCCGAAGAAGCCGCAGGAGUGA